UCAGUUUACUACAAGCGUCGACGGUGAACGUACGUCGCUCCGCGUCCCUUAGUGCCCGAGUGUAUGGUGCUGGUGUAUUAACAUAACAGCUAAUUGUUCUGUGUCGUGUGAUUGUUGUGUGGUGUUCUGAUACUGCCGUGCGACCUCCCCGGGUCACAUUUGUUGUGAUGCAUUUGAGGAUAUACCUAUGGCUGUCUUGUGUAGCCCUCGCAGGAUACGUUCGAGCGACAGAGGUACCUGUCGCAGAAGCCGACACGCUCCACGACCACGAGCCGCUCGCCUCCGACCGGGACCUGUUCAUAGACGAUGACGGCUCGGGGCUAGAGAUCGACGAGUCAUCCGGCUCCGGCUGGGGACCCGGACCCGGACCGGACGACGAGGACGGCCGCGGCUCAGGUGACAGCCGGCUCACACUGACCGAUGACGAGGACUACGUCCCGAGAACCAUCCCCACCACCACAACCACCACAGAAACGCCGAUAGUACCGGAAACUGUAGCGCCAGAUUAUGUAGAUCCUCGUGUGCUCGACGAGAAGCCAGGGCCCGGCGCGGACACCCCGCGCGGCGCGGGGGAGGAGCAGCCCUCGCGCCCCGACCAGGAUCCCAUCAGCAUCUCCAGCGAGGACGCCAACCCGGGCACGGACCAGGACCCCUCGGGCACCAACGUGGGCGCCGAGUCGCGGCCGCAGGACAACGUGGUGUUCAUCAUGAACGCCAAGGCGGAGGACCGCGCCACCAGCUUCUUCGCGCAGCCGGGCAUUCUUGCCGCUGUAAUCGGCGGCGCUGUAGUCGGCCUCCUCUGCGCGAUCCUAGUGGUGAUGUUCAUAGUAUACCGCAUGCGCAAGAAGGACGAGGGCUCGUACGCGCUCGACGAGCCCAAGCGGAGCCCCGCCGCCGCCUCCUACGGCAAGGGCCAGAACAACCGGGAGUUCUACGCGUGAGACCACACAGAACAAACCCUGCCACGUGUUUACUAGUCGACGGACCGACCCAUACUGGCUACCACUCUACAAUUAAUUGAUACAGCAAAGUGAUGGUGAACGAUGGAAUCGCGCACUUAUCUCACUCACUCUCUUAACUUCCAAUCGAGAGGUAUAUAUGAACGUAGGAAGUACGAGUAAUAUAUUCGUAAUACACCUUUUAAGCCGAACACUGACUAACAGAGAGAACAAAAAUUUGACAGUUCCGAACAACUGCCGGCCGAUAUCGUCCGGCGGACUGUUAGUCAGUGGUCGGCUUUAAAAUCGGUUUAUUAGAAACAGAUUUCCGCAUGUAUUGGCAUCGGAUUCUUGAUUUUACAACUUGUAGGUACGUUGUAAAUCGAUAUGUAACUGGACAUGUAUAGAAAACUUGGGAAAUGUCCACCCGAGAGUAUUGGCAUAAGUGAGCGAUUGAAUCGUACCCUUAUAAAAACUAUCUAAAAGGAAAAGUAAACUCAUAAUGUGGGUAAUUAAUUGUGGACAGUGGGUGUAAUAGCCGCUUGGCCGGUCAUUCCAUUUACAAAAUUUUGAAUUCCUUCUGUUCGUAGCUCUUUUGUUAACGUGGCUAAAAUUGUUCUGUAAACCAAUAAAACAUCAAAUCGACGCUUUUUUUUUGGAAAAAAUAUGACACGAUUGUACUUGAGUGUAUGAAUCAAGUAGAAAAAUAGUGUAGGACGAAAUUGUGAAACGAUCACUUUGAGGCAAAAUUUAAAUUGUUUUCCAACUUCAAGUACUGAGACCAAUGUGGUUGAGUGUUUGAUAUCAUUCUGUAGUUGGUGAAUUUGAGAUCUUGUACCUAUAGAGUUGUCUGUAAAAUAAUGUGCCAUUCGCUUCCUCUUCAACUGUAUAUUGCCUAACUACGCGUAGAUUUACUCUACAUACUAUAAAAAUCUCAAAAAUGUCUAUGGAUACGUCCAUUGUUCGUCUAUGAUGUAUGUGUAAUAUAAUUGUGUAGGUAAAUAGAUCAUAUCGGUUAUUAUGUGUACGUUUAAAUGAAUUCUUAUUACAUAUCGCUUCCAUGAAAUAUACCAUCGAAAUUUUUGAAAAAUAUUUAUUUAAUAUUGGCUGUAAUUUUAAAAUUGAGGCUUUCAAAAUAUUGAUGUUAUGUACUUUUUGGUGUUUUUUUGUAUUUAGGUUACUGUAAUAUUUUGGGUAAAUAUUCUUUUAUUUUUUGCACUUUAGCAAUUGGGGUUUCGAAUAAUAUUAAUAUUAUAUUUUAGCAUAAGCAAUUGAAUUAAAUGUAUACAGUGAGUAAAUGAUAUAUAAAUCACUAAACAAACAAACAAGAUUAUUUCAACAACUUGAAUAAAUUUUAUAUUUAACUUAUUAAUUUUGCCAGUACAUUUUUUAUUUUAGACGUUAUUUUUGCUGACUGUAUGCAUUUCAAGACGAAUACAUUUUGUCACUUUGGCUAUGAACUGAUGUUUUUCAAUUAUACAAUAUAAUUUCUUUAUUUAGUCUUUAUUUGUUUUUUCUAUUAUCUACUUUGAUAUUGCAGAAUACCAUCCAAUUUGGUCUGAUGCAUUUAGUUUUAACUAAAAGCGUGACACCUGUCAAAGUGACGGAGUUUUAACAGUUAAUCUGAUAUUAGGUUGUGCAACGAAAUAUAUAUUUUUAAUUCUACUAAUUUGUGAUUUUCCUUCAGUUAAACACUUGUGCCAUCUUCAAUAAUUUAUUUAAAAUAGUUACGCGCGCUUGGCUCCAAAUGAAUUUUAAUUUAUCAAAUAAUCAAUGAGUCAAUUAAUUUAUUUAGCGUAAAUUAAAGCAUGUGUUUUAUGACUGUUAUAAAAUAAAACUAAAUUAAUGUUUUGUAAGGAUUCAAUAGAUGGUGAACCACUGUGUUUAGUAAAUUAAAUAUUUGGUAUUUUAUUUAAAUUGGUGUAACUAACUUUAAUGACAUAUGAAUGUAUAAAUAUUCGGGAAAUUAAGCACGUAUUGGACAUUUCAUUAGGAUCGUAGUUGUUGAUAACCAAAUAUUUUCUUGUUGUAAACUGCAUAAAUAUAUAAACUUACCUUAUUAUUGAACAUUAAUUAUGAAUAUAUUUCUUACUUUUUAUUUGUAAGUAUGAAAUAAGGAAGAAACACAAAUGCAAUUUACCUACAACAAAAAAUAGUUUUUAUUAAGACUUAAAACCUACGCCCAGGAAAAAACAGUAAUAGCUACCUAUUUAUGUGUAAAUAUGCAGGGUGGCGAAAAAUAGCUGCAUUCCCGUCGCCAGAGAGGUUUUGGGAUUAUACUGAGCAACUUUUACUAUGGUCGCAGCCCCAUAAUCGCGAAAAAUGAAUUUGGCUGUUUCAUACAUUUUGGCUGGUCCAUUUUCUAUGAGAGGGUAAAGUUUAUUUCGUGAUUUCGGGGUUUGUCCCAUAGUAAAAGUUGCUCAGUAUAUUCCCAAAACCUCCCUGGCAACAGGAAUGGAGUUAUUUUUAAGCCACCGUGUAUUCACGUAUACAUAUGUAUAUGUAAACAUCUAAUUUGCUAAUGUUAUUAUUUUUCCCUACGGACUUAAGGUAAAAACAUAUAAGAAUGAACCAAACAGUCGCAGUUUACUCCAAGAAGAGCAAUUAUUUGAGAAAUCCCAAACAUUCCUAUCGGAUCCAUAUUAUACAAUAAGCAGUAGCGAGCCAGAGCUCUCUUAGGCCACUUAUUUGAAUACUAAUAUAGAUGCUUAAACUAUAUGUGUCCAGUUUUUUAAAUGUGCUAAAGGUGCAUCCACACCGCACUUAACUUUUGUGGUAACAUUAGGUGACUUACCUAGUUCCUUGUCUACUGUUGCACAGUGUUACUCCACAAUAGUUAACUGCGGCGUCGAUGAGCCUAAGACUUGGCAUUUUCUAAUGCUACUACAAUAAAUGAGAUACGCCACAUAUUAGCAAAUAUUACUAACUAGGUAGGUACUACAAAUCAAAACAUGUUUAAAAAAAACAAAUACAAUUAAACCUACCGUACAAUAACUUUACUGGAACUUGGACAUCUAAAUUAGCAUUCACGUAAGAGGCAAUUAGUGUAUAAGGAUUUGUACAUUGUAAUUGUAAAUUCUUUUAGACUUAAACUGAGUAAUUUAUACAUAAAUAAUUAUACUACAAUAAAAUAUAGUAUGGCUAAAGCGGUAAAUAUUUAAAUACAUCUAACCUAACGGUCCUUAACAAGUAUAUUAAUUAUUGAGAGUUGAAAUAACCACAUUAAGAGACAUGUUGCGAUUCUAAAAAUUUAACUUUUAAAUUGUGUAGACACAAAUUAAUGUCUCUUAAAUUGAAAACUGAAUGGAGAUGACUUUAUCAAUAUUUCCUAGGAAUGAAAUUUUGAUAAAAUCGUAAAUGUUACAAUGCGAAGUAUUUUUACAGGAAAGUUAUGCCGCAAAUACAUAAUCAUGACAAUGCAUAUAUAAACACCAUAGUUACGACAGCAAAGUCACAACCUAGGAUAAAGUUUGUUUGAAAUAGUACCACAACGCUUGCCGAUCAUAUGUACAGCCCUUUCCAACAAAUUACUUUACUUAAUAAAUAGAGGACGAACAUAAUACAUAAAUUUGAAAACCCCGCUUAUUAAGUAAAGUAUAAUAAAUAUGAAACAAUAAAAUUAAAAUGGAUGAAAUUAUUUCCAUCCAUUUUACUGUAGAUUCAUGUUACAAUUUCUAAUGCCAGCUGUACACACACGUCGAGAACCUCGCGCCGAGAAUCUCCGCAUCGCUUCGACCCAAUCGAAGAAGAGCGAGACGAGAAGGGAGCAGUAUGUACAUACCUACUCGUUCUCGGCCUGUCUCUCGAUGUGUACAGCCGGCAUCUGGUUCUAUUAGUACAGAACGAUUGAAGUUUGAUUCGUGAACAGUAGAAGUAUUAAUAGCAAUCGACUAGACUAGAAGAAUACCAACACUUAAGUACAUUUACGUCUUUUGUAAUGUCGGCUGUAAACACUCGUCGAGAGCCUUCCGUCGAGUCUCGGCACCGCUCCGAUCCAAUCGGAGAACCGCGAGACGAGAAGGGAACAGUAAGUACAUCCUGUUCCCUUCUCGUCUCGCGGUUCGGUAGACUCGUUCUCGGCCUGUCUCGGGGUCUCUCGACGAGUGUAUACUGUAUACAGACGACAUAAGACAUACCACAUGGAAAAAGAUGUAAGGAAAAAAACGUGUAAUCCAAGUUACAAUACGAUAUUAUAUUUAAAACUUGCGACAUUAAUAAUACAAAAAUCGAAUUCAAAACACACAAAUUAUUUGAUUGACACUGAACAAACAUGUUAUGUACCUUUGCCAAAAUAUGCACAGUGCCUAUAAAUUAUACAUCCACAAUAGGUUUCGUCAACUAUAUCUAUCUUUCUAUAAGUACUUCACUUCUAUCUACUACUUCCUCUACUAAUUCUACUAGAUACUACUACUUUGAUACUCUCUAACUAUUAGUCUACUUUAUUGUGGGUGCUUUAUAACUAAAUAUACAAGGAGGCCUAAAGUCAUCUUAGUGUGGACAAGUUUUUAUAUUAUGACUUCAAUAUUUGUAUUAUUAAGCAUUUAUUCUAUAUAUAAGCUAUUUUUGUUAGAAUCCGACUAGGCUAACACUGCACCAAUUUUAUAGCGACAGUGUGGAAGCGUCAUAUUUUGAUAGGAAUUUGUCGUUUCUGCUGGCAUUUCCACACUUUGGCUAUGUUAGCUUUGACGGAUUCUAAAAAGGAAACGUUACCUACAUCGAAUGCUUUUACUUCUACUGUUCAUAUCGUGGAACGUAAACUAAUAAAAUAACGCCUAGGAUACGGUAGGCAUAAUUAUUGUCCACCUUGUAAAUAAUGCUCCUUUACACUUAAUAUACAGGUCAUUAUGAACAA